AUGAUUGGAAUGAAAAUUUUACCUACCAACUAUUAAUUGGUAGUGGAGUAGCACUCAUGGCUCUUGUUUUUCUUGCCACUGUGAGUUUUCACUGUUCGUCGACGUGGAAAUGGCUAAUGGCUGUUGCCAGGCAAGAGGGUGACAAUGAUACCGACGGGGAUGCUUCACAGCAAAACGCUGUAAGGAUUAGCCAUUCAUUGCCAGAUUUGCAAUCAGAGCCCAUCACACAUGAGUACAUACAAGAACAGAAAGAGAGCAAAAAGGUAUUACGUCAAACAACGUUACCAAUAGUACCAACAAGACAUCAAACAUUUCAACGUCAAUUGUCUCAUCGUCUUGAUCUUCCGAAUAUUAAAUUCAGUAUCUGCAGUCUUGAGAACCGCAGUGACUCUAGUCUUGGACUUAUCAAGCCGGAGCUGUACAAAAAAGACUUAACAAGACAAGAAAGUACCGAAAGUUCAAGUACAGUAGAAAUGGAAGUUGCGGGGAAGCUACACUUUGCAUUGCGUUAUGACAAAGAAAUUGAAGCGCUUGUUGUGAAGGUAAUGUACUUGGAAAUUAUACAGACUUUAAAUUUUUAAAAAAUGUUUAGUUUU